CGAACUGGUCGUGGAACAUCGAUUUCUUUUGAUUUUGGUCAAGAUCUCUCACAUGACUUUCUUACUCAUGCAUCAUCAAAUGAUAUAUCAUUGGAACAUCUUGCACUUGCUACUUAUUAUGUACUUUUAUUCAAACUAACGAAUGGAGAAACAGAUUUAUGCACUGGAAUAAAUACACAUGGACGAUAUAGAGAUGAACUUAACUAUAUCAUUGGAAUGUUUGUGAAUGCCAUACCUUUGCGAUGUCAACUCGAUCCUCAUUUAUCAUUUCAUGAACUUACUAAACACGUACGAGAUAAUAUGAUAAACUGUAUUAAAUAUUCAUAUUUUCCACUUCAACAUAUUCUCAAUCAACAUCCUAAUAUAUCAAAUCCUGUAUUUCUUGAUACAUCAUUUGAAUUUCUGUUAUUUAUGGGAAAAGAUGAAGAAGAUGAAAUAAUGCUUGGUGAUAGUCGAUUUUCUUUACUACCCUUGUCAAUUAAGAUUAGUGAAAAUGAAAUAAUGAGUAAAUUUGAUUUCAUUCUUAGUUUUCAACAUGACCUGAAUCUUAAUGAACUUUCAUGCACCAUCGAUGCUUCAACUGAUUUAUUUAAUGUUGAAACAAUUUGUAUAAUUACACAAAGAUUACAGACAAUGUUACAUCAACAGUUCACCUCUUUUAACUGUACAACAAACAAACCCAUCUAUGAAUUAUCAAUGAUAUUAUCAAAUGAACAAUAUCUAAUGCAAUCAUUGAAUAAUACACAAACAUCAUUUUCAUCUGCUCCUUCCACUUGUAUUCAUCGUGAGUUUGCAUAUCAAGUAAUGAAACAUUCACAGAAACUAGCUGUUGAACUAGAUGAACAAUCAUUGACAUAUUGUGAACUUCUAUAUUAUGUUCAAAUAUUAUCUUUAACUCUUCUUAAUGAAUAUCAUGUAUUUCCAGGUGAGAUCGUGUGUCAAUGUGUUGAGCGAAGUUUGUCAAUGGUGAUCGGUAUUAUGGGAAUUGAAAUGGCUGGUGGUGUUUAUUGUCCAUUGUCACCUCGAGAUCCAAAACAUCGUCUACAUGCACUCACACAACAAACACAGAGUCGUCUUGUUCUUGUUCAUCAUUCUACAUCGUUAAAGUUUUCCAGUGAUAUCGUUUUAUGUAACAUAGAUCUGAUAUGGACUGUCGACGAUAUUAAUAGUUCUAUAAUUAUGGAUUGCCUUUCGGAUAUUGUAGUAACGGUAGAUAAUAUUGCAUAUAUUAUUUUUACGAGUGGUUCAACAGGAACAUCGAAAGGAGUCCAAAUUCGUCAUCGAAAUUUGUUGACUUGCAUUGAUUCUCUUGUUCGAUUGAAUUUAUUCACAAAUAGAGAUACUAUGAUACAAAUGGCAAGUUGUUCGUAUGAUGUGCAUGUUCAAGAAAUCAUUGGAGGUUUCAUUAUUGGUUCCACGAUUAUAAUGCUUCGUCCUCAAGGAAAUAUUGAUUUAGACUAUGUGACAAAGACGAUAAAUCAAAAACAAGUAUCAUAUCUGCAGUGCGUACCGACAUAUGUCAAUAUUUUGUUGAAAUUUCUACAAAGUCGUAGCAUUGCGAAUUUGAGUAGCUUGCGUAAUGUUGAUAUUGGUGGAGAAGCGAGCACAGUUCAACUAAUUGAUAAGUUGUAUACCUAUUUGCCACAAGAUUGUUUUGUAUGGAACAUAUAUGGACCUGCAGAAACAACUGUCGAUUGCACAGGUUAUGUCAUAGGUAGAAAUCUAAAUAUGAUCAACAUCCCAAUUGGAGAUCCACUACCCAACUAUCGAUGUAUGAUUAUGAAUCAAUAUUUACAAUCAUCUGUCGUGAGUCAAGAAGGUGAACUAUCUGUAGGUGGAGCAGGUGUGUUUGCUGGUUAUCUUGGGCGUGAUGAUUUAACUGCAAAAGCCCUUGUUGAAAUAGACGGUGAAUUAUUUUAUCGAACAGGUGAUCUUGUGAGAAUGGAUAACAAUGGUUUUCUUCAUUAUCAAGGAAGAAACGACCAUCAAAUCAAACUGCGUGGACAACGAAUUGAACUUGGUGAAAUUGAACGAUGUUUACUUAACAUCACAUCUAUUUCUGCUUGCGUUGUCAUGAAAUGGAAUGAUGAUUAUUUAGUUGCAUAUGUCCAAAGUUCUGAUGCUAAUGAACCGGAAAUGCGUGAACAUUGUGAAUCUCAUCUUCCACCACAUAUGAUACCAUCAAUAUUCAUUAUACUAGAGAAACUACCUUUGAAUGCUAAUGGAAAAAUAGAUCGAAAACAACUUCCUUCACCCGACUUUUCUUUAUCGACUUUAUUACCAUCCGAUAAAUCUGAUACUCCUCUUAAUCCGUUCGAAGAACAUAUACACACUAUCUGGUGUCAAGUUCUUCAUUGUGAUGAAAAUGACAUUUCUAGAACUACCACUUUUUUUAGUGUUGGUGGUCAUUCACUAUUAUUUAUCCAACUUUAUCAUCAUUAUCAAUCAGUAUUUAACUUUGAUGCUCAUUCACUCUCGAUUGGUCUCUUUCUUCAGCAACCAACUAUUCAACAACAUGCACAACUACUUCAAACACUUCCAUCCAAUGAUACGCAGCCAAUUCGAUGGCAGUCACUACAUAUCAAUCAAGGUAAAACAUUUUUAAAUUAA